AUGCAAUUGCAAACCCAUCUCAAACUCAUCAUUUCAUUUUCAUUCUUCCUAUUUAUCCCAUCUUUAUCUCAAAUUGACCAACUCUUAUAUGCAGGAUUCAACAAUAUUGAUUCUAAAAACCUCACCUUGAAUGGAAUAUCAGAGAUACAGAAAAAUGGAAUACUAAGAUUAACAAAUGAAACAAGCAGGUUAAUGGGUCAUGCUUUUUACCCUUCACCUUUCCAACUAAAGAACAAAACAACCGGUAAAGUUUUCUCCUUUUCUUCAUCUUUUGCUCUUGCUGUUGUUCCUGAAUAUCCCAAACUAGGUGGUCAUGGCAUGGCUUUCACAAUAGCACCUACAAAGGAUCUCAAAGCUUUACCUAGUCAGUAUCUUGGUCUUUUCAAUUCAAGCGAUGUUGGUAAUUUCUCUAACCAUCUUUUUGCUGUUGAGUUUGACACUGUUCAAGAUUUUGAGUUUGGUGAUAUUAAUGAUAAUCAUGUUGGGAUAAACAUCAAUAGUAUGACGUCAAAUGCUUCUGUUAAAGCUGGAUAUUACAGUGAUGAUCUGGUUUUUCAAGAUCUUAAUAUUAAAGGUGGAAAAGCUAUUCUAGUUUGGGUUGAUUAUGAUUCUUUGAUGAAUGUUGUUAGUGUUACACUUUCUCCAACUUCAAACAAACCUAAAAAACCAACCUUGUCUUUUCAUAUGGAUUUAUCGCCUAUUCUUCAUGAUACUAUGUAUGUUGGUUUCUCUGCUUCAACUGGUUUACUUGCUAGCUCUCAUUAUGUUUUGGGUUGGAGUUUCAAAAUCAAUGGACCAGCACCUUUUCUUGAUUUGUCUUCACUACCACAUCUUCCACAGCCAAAGAAGAAACACACUUCUUUGAUAACCGGUGUUUCGGUUGCGGCUUCUGUUAUUGUGUUGGGUUCUAUAGCAUUUGGUUUUUACCUUUUUAGAAAAAUCAAGAAUGCUGAUGUUAUAGAAGCAUGGGAGCUUGAAGUUGGACCACAUAGAUAUUCCUAUCAAGAGCUUAAGAAAGCUACAAAAGGUUUCAAGGAGAAAGGGUUACUUGGGCAGGGUGGUUUUGGUAGAGUUUACAAAGGGUCGUUGCCGAAAUCAAAGAUUCAAGUAGCUGUUAAGAGAGUUUCGCAUGAAUCGAAACAAGGGUUGAGGGAAUUUGUGUCAGAAAUCGCAAGCAUAGGCCGGCUUCGUCACCGGAAUUUGGUUCAGUUACUCGGGUGGUGUCGUCGCAGAGGAGACCUUUUGCUUGUGUACGACUUCAUGGCGAAUGGAAGUUUAGACAAGUACUUGUUUGAAGAUUCAGAAUUUGUGCUAAGUUGGGAACAAAGGUUUAAGAUAAUAAAGGGUGUUGCUUCGGGUCUUUUAUAUCUUCAUGAAGGGUAUGAGCAAGUGGUAAUACAUAGAGAUGUUAAAGCUAGUAACGUGCUGUUAGAUUUUGAACUCAAUGGAAGAUUAGGUGAUUUUGGUUUGGCAAGGUUGUAUGAACAUGGUGCUAAUCCAGGUACAACAAGAGUGGUUGGAACAUUAGGCUAUUUAGCGCCGGAGUUGCCUAGAACAGGAAGAGCAACAACAAGCUCCGACGUUUUUGCAUUUGGCGCGCUUCUGCUUGAGGUUGCUUGCGGAAGAAGGCCUAUUGAACCAAAGGCAUUACAAGAAGAGUUAGUGUUGGUGGAUUGGGUUUGGGAAAGGUUCAAAGAAGGAAGAGCACUUGAAGUAGUGGAUCCUAAAUUGAAUGGUAAUUUUGUUGAAAGUGAGGUAAUGAUGGUGUUGAAAUUAGGAUUGAUAUGUUCAAAUGAUGUUCCUACUAUAAGGCCUAACAUGAGACAAGUAGUGAGGAUUUUGGAUGGAGAAGUUGAGUUACCAAAUGAAAUGAGAAAGCCAGGAGGUAUUGAUUCACAAGAGGGGUUUGAUGAAUUCUUGCAUUCUCUUGGAACUACUUCAUUUGAUAAGACAAAUUCAAGCUCCUAUGUUGGAAAUGGAGACAUGAAUACUAGUUUUAUCUCUUUUGGUAAUUCACCUUAG